CGGGACUAGAGCGUUGUUUUGGUGUCCUUAAUGCUAUAGAAUUCUCUCCAGGCCACAACGCUUUCUCUCACACCAGGUGUUCGGAUGGCGUCGGAUGAAGUAGCGAAAUUGGCCGAGUCCCUGGCCAAGACCCAGGUAGCGGAGGGGGAGCUGAGUUACAAGGGACAGGGGCUGAAAUUGGACAACGCUCAGUCAGUUGAGGGGAUAGUGAGAGACAUUCGGGAGUUCCAGGGUCUUCGGGCUCUGAGGCUGGAGGGAAACACAGUUGGUGUAGAGGCAGCUCAGGCCAUCGCCAAAGCCCUGGAGGACAAGAAUGACUUCCAGUGCUGUUACUGGAGUGACAUGUUUACUGGUCGUCUGCGCUCUGAGAUCCCUCCUGCUCUGAACUCUCUGGGCGAUGCGCUGAUGAUGGCCGGGGCGAAGCUCAGGGUUCUGGACCUUAGCGAUAACGCGUUUGGUCCGGACGGAGUGAGAGGGAUCGAGAAGCUACUCAAGAGCGCCGCCUGCCACACGCUGCAGGAACUGCGACUCAAUAACUGUGGCAUGGGGAUCGGCGGAGGGAAGAUCUUGGCAGCUGCUCUGACAGAGUGUCAUAAACAGUCCAGUGCUCUUGGCGCCCCCCUCAGGCUGAAGGUGUUCAUUGCAGGCAGAAACAGGCUGGAAAACGAUGGGGCCACUGCACUGGCACAGGCCUUUCAGCUGAUGGGGAGUUUAGAGGAGAUCCACAUGCCCCAGAAUGGAAUUAAUCACCCGGGAGUGACAGCUCUGGCCAGUGCCAUUCAAUGCAACCCUCAGCUGCGUGUCCUCAACCUCAACGAUAACACCUUCACCAAGAAAGGAGCCAUCGCUAUGGCACAGGCUCUGAAACACUUGCGCAGUGUCCAGGUGAUUAAUUUUGGUGACUGUCUGGUGCGAUCUGAGGGAGCUCUGGCCAUAGCAGAAGCUGUCAGAGAUGGACUACCACUACUGAAGGAGUUGAAUCUGUCGUUUGGUGAGGUCACAGAGGAGGCUGCUCUGGCUGUAGCUCAUGCAGUUCAGGACAAAAAGGACCUGGAGAAACUGGACCUGAACGGUAACAGUCUGGGUGAAGAUGGCUGUGACAGACUCAGAGAGACUAUGGACAGUAUGAAUAUGGGAGAUGUGCUGGGCUCUCUGAGUGAUGAUGAGGGAGAGCCAGAUGAGGAUGAGGAUGAUGAAGAGGAGGACGAGGAAGAUGAAGAUGAAGAAGACGAUGAAGAUGUAGAUGAAGAAGAGGAGGAGGAAGAGGAGGAGGGAGAGGAAGAGGAAAGCGGACUGAAUCAGGUGUCGACUCCACCAAGCCAGCGACCCCCGGAUGUGUCCUCCUUCCUCAGUUUCCCCUCCCCAGACAAACUACUGCGACUAGGAGACAGGAGAGCCAUGCUCAUCCAACAGCAGGUGGAUGCAGCGGACGUGGGGAAGACAGUGGAGGCCUUCUUAAAGAUCUCCUCUGUGUAUAAGGAGGAGGACGUGGCCGUCAGGACGGCUGUGCUGGAAAGCAUCGAUGCAGUGUUGAAUAAAUCCUUCUCCACUCCCUCCUUCAACACCUUUGGCUUCAUCUCCUCAUUACUCGUCAUGCUGGGACUGCUCAAGAGCGAGGAGAAGGUGAAGCCCGUGCGCGUGGUCUCCGGUCACCUCCAGUGUUUGGAACACGCCGUGCGACAGGAUUACUUUCCCUCUGAACACGUCGCCAUCUUACACGCCUUCAUGUCCCGACAGAGUAAGGUGAUGGAGUCCUGUGUCAGUGCGCGAGAUUCCUUGAGAUCCACACUCCAGAGCAUCAGACCAGAGAGUUAAGAGUCUCCCUCACGCUCGUCUGUUUUCAUCCCCUUUUAUCACUGAACACAUCUGGACACACCUGAACCCUCAACACCGGAGCCCUCAACACCGCCACAGCUUCCCGCCAGUGCCUGCCGUCAACACGCUGAACACACAAAGGAACAAACAACCUCAACCGUGUAAUCUGACUGCAAACCCCCUCUGCCUCCUAAUCUCAUUAAAAAAGCCCUUUUAAUACUAAAUCGGAUGAGAUUAGAGUAAGGUUAGUCCAACAGACUUUCAGGUUGAUUUGAAACGGCUCCGGACAGAAACAUAAACUCGUCUCAUCGGCGACCCCUUGUGGAUAUUGGACUCAUGACGCCAUCAGAAACAGACUGGUUUUCCUGUAACAAUAU